AUGAUGUGGAGGUUGAUACAGUUCAGUUCUCUCCUCCUCGGAGCCCUGGCGUCCCCGACUCCGGCCUCGACCUCCGAGGACGGACCCUGUCGCAUCCACAACUCGGGCCGCUCUGCAGACUGCGUGGGGGGGCAGCUCGCCGCCGUGCCCUGGGGGGGGCUUCCCUCCACCCUCGAAGAAGUUGAUCUCUCCUACAAUAAUCUUCAAGCUGUCCACGCUGACGACUUCCUCCGGCUGCCUCUGCUGCGCAACCUGCAGCUGCAGUUCAAUAACAUCUCACACAUCGACACGGACGCCUUUAAAAACAACCCGCUGCUGGAGAGUCUGAACCUCUUCAAUAACUCGCUGGAGGAAAUCCCUGCCGGCGCUCUGACGCCUCUCUCCGACCUGAAACAGCUGCACAUGUCCAAUAACCUGUAUAAACACGCCACUCUGGCUGAGAGCUUCUCCAAACUGGUCAAACUCCAGGUUCUGUCGAUGGGGGGCCCCCUGGUGAUGGGACUGAAGAAAGCAGAUUUCAUGCCACUGAAGAACAUCAGGCUACAAGGUUUUGCGAUCAAAUGUUCCUCCAACCUGAGCUACUACGAGCCUGGGAGUCUGGAAGUCAUUCAGACGAGGGAGAUGGGUUUCGAUAUGGCCGUAGAUCAGCAGCCGGGCGCUCUCGUUCACAUGCUGCACGACAUCGCCAACAACAACUUCAGCGUCGUCCAGUUCCGCAACCUCUUCGAGUUCAUGUACUACACGGGGGAGGAGGACAUCUUCCAGGGUUUGAAAAACAUUAGCGCGCUUCAGCUAAUCUUCCACAGGGGGAAAUUCAACGAGCAUCUCCUGAGGAUGGCUCUGAUGAACUUACAAAUCAGCCUGAUCAAAAGAUUGAGGGUUCAGUACAUCGACUUCGCCCGUUCACCCACAUUCAGUGACACCGGAGCAAGUUCCAGGAUCACAAACCUGACGAUUGACAAGUUGGAUCUUUGGUAUAUCAGUAAUCCUGAUUUGCUGCGGUUUGACUGGCGCUUCACCUGGUUCAACAAGAUUAAGGAACUUUCUAUUCGCUACGUUAACUUCAACUUUGUGCCCUGCGACUCCUGGGUGGAGAUGGAAGGGGUGGAGAUACUGGACAUCUCCCAUUGUCGACUGCAGAGCGGCUACAUCUUCAACCAGCGCUGUGAAAACAAGGGCACCAUGCCAAACCUCCACAGCUUCAACGCGAGCAGCAACGAGCUGACGAGCUUGAGGGACCUGUCGGUGCUCACCAGGGACUUCCAGCAGCUGCAGGUGUUGGACGUCAGCAACAACAACCUGGGAUCUGCUGAAGACAGUCGUGACUGCGUUUGGCCAAACAUCACUCGUCUCAUCGCCCACCACAACCAGUUCGUCACUGAGGCCCUCCUCUGUCUGCCCACCACGGUGCUCUACCUGGACCUGUCCCACUGCGACCUGGACCAGCUGGACACGACCUUCUUUGAGAGAGCAACCGACCUGAGAGAGCUGCUGCUGAGUGGGAACAAAAUCAAGUUCAUCCCAUCGAAGUGGAGAAGUCCGAACCUGCAGUUUCUGGCCUUGGACGGGAAUUCGUUCGGCCUCAUCAGCAAGGCGUCUUUCCAGGGCAUGCCACAGCUGUCUCGCUUGAGGGCGGGAAACAACCCGUACCACUGCACCUGUGAGCUUCACGCUUUCGUCCAGGAGACGAUGUCACACGGAAAUGUCAACCUCACCGACUGGCCGUGGGACUACAGGUGCUACCACCCGGAGGCCUUCCUCAACACAGUCGUAUCCCAGUACUUGCCAAGUCGACUGGCCUGUGACAUCAAACUCGUCAUCCUCAUCUCUGUGGCCACCACUGCAGCGGUGAUCUUGAUAUUGAUGCUGAUCUGUUACAUCUUCGACCUGCCCUGGUACACGAAAGCCACGUAUCAGAUCAUCCGAGCCAAAUACAGAGCGCACAAGGAAAAAGCAGCCGGGGAAAUGGGCACUUUUACCUAUCACGCCUUAAUUUCCUACAGCCACGCUGAUGCAGACUGGGUGAGGAACCAGCUGUUGCCCUGUUUGGAGAACAGUAGAAACCCGUAUCGUCUGUGCAUCCAUGAGAGGGACUUCAUGCCGGGGAGGUGGAUCAUCGACAACAUCAUUGAGAACAUUGAAAACAGUCGAAAGUCGAUAUUCAUCCUCUCCCGACACUUUGUGAACAGCGACUGGUGCAACUACGAGCUGUACUUCGCCCAGCAGAGGGCCAUGGGAAAGACCUUCAGUGAUGUCAUCCUGGUGGUUAAGGAGCCCAUCGAUCCCAGCUCGCUGCCCAGUAAGUACUGCAGGCUGAAGAAGAUGCUGAGCACCAAGACGUACCUGGAGUGGCCCCAGCAGGUCAGCCAGCAGCCCUUCUUCUGGGAGCAGCUGAGGAGCGUCCUGGGAAAGCCGACGCCCACCGUAGACGUGGGCCAGAGCGUCGAGAGCAGAACCUCAUCUGUGUCUGUGAUCGGAUGCCCUCAAUCGGACGGCAGGGCAAAGGUAGUGAAGUGCUUAAUCGCUGCACAUGGCGUUCGAGUGAAGAACCGAGUGACGAGCAGCAGCGAGUCUCGGAGGCAGCUCGCAGGAGAUGUGAGCUGCAGCCACUUGCACCUGCAGCCGUCAGCGUCCAGGACUGAAACCAUGAGUUGCCACCUGCAGGAGGCGAUGACGAGCCUGAUCGGAGUGUUCCACUCGUACUCGGGACGAGAAGGCGACAAGUACAAGCUGAAUAAAAGAGAACUGAAGUGCCUGUUGAAGGCGGAACUCUCAGAUCUCUUGUCCGCCAGCAAGGACCCGAUGGUGGUGGAGAAGAUCAUGAGCGAGCUGGAUGAAAACCAGGACGGGGAAGUGGACUUCCAGGAGUUUGUGGUUCUGGUCGCUGCUCUGACCGUCGCCUGCAACGACUUCUUCAUCGACAGCGAGAGGAGCAGCCUGGAAGGCUCCAAGAAGAAGUGAUCUCAUUUCAAAUGAAAUCAAUAAACCUGCCUUCAUAUAAAUCAAAAGCUGAAACAAUGUCAUCACAGAACCUUGCUGAGA